AUGAAACUUCAAGGCAUGCAUGAUGCUGGGCCAGCUAUUUUUGGUCUCAUCCUCAUCGUGACCUGCGCCGUCGCUCGCCUCCGCUCAUGCACCGACGUCAUUCUUGCUUGCUCGCCUCGCGAGCCCGGUCAACGUUAUGUUAUCUUACGUUAUGUUAUGCCAUCCUAUUCUGUUCUCUCGGUUCAAUUCUUUUGGUUUGGGUAUGAUAUCUUCCUUCUCUUUCGGUCCUCUAAUCUCUUUCAUUUUCAUUUUGUUUGUUGCCGCAAAAAAUAUUUCUUUGAGAUCUUCUUCCAUCAUAUACGGACUUCCACUAUAUUUUCCUUAUUUUCCUUCCAAUAUCGUCUCUCCUCAUCUCCAUAUCGUUCUCCUCUCCUGUUUUAA